AUGAAGCAGAUGGCCUAUAUAGCCCAAUCAGAGCAACCGCAGGCUGCUGAGUGUUCAUCUAAACAAGCUCAAAGCCCAACGGAGGUCUUCUACAUGGAAAAUAAAAGCCAGCCUCAGCACCACCAGUUCAGCGGGCUCAACCCUAAAUUCCUAAUGGGCCUCGCCCUCAACAACAAUUUCAUUAGCCACAACACUUUGUUGCACCAUAGUAUUAUCAGGGGGGAUACUGUCAAUCGCAACAAGUACAACUCUGCUAUCCAUCAGAUUACAUCUCAGUUGAAACUCUGCGGAGAAAAUGUUAGUGAGAAUGAUAAAUUGGAGAAGACUCUCUCUACCUUUCAUGCUUUGAAUGUUGUGCUGCAACAGCAGUAUCGUGAGAAAAACUUUCAAAAUCCAUUCCCUGAAGCGAGCGUGACAUUUUCUGAACAAGGCCGAGGACGUGGUAGAGGCCGUGGACGUGGUCACGGUCGUGAGAGUCAACGCGGUCGAUAUACCCCUUACAAUCGCCGCAGUUUUGACAUUAACAGGAUGCAGAGUAAACCCCAACAUGGGAAUAUAGCCGAAAAGGCUAAACAGGGAAAUAGGCAAAUCGGCAGUUGUAAUCGGUGUGGCAUUGAAGGCCAUUGGGCUAAUACCUGCAGAACAGCCAAACACCUAGCCGAUCUUUAUCAAGCCUCACUGCAGAAAAAGGGGAAGGAGGUCGAGACUAAUCACGUUGAUAAUGAUGAUGACCCCGAUGAUGAUCUUUUGGAUUACGACACAACACAUCUUGAUAUAGCGAAUUUUGUCGUAGAUCCAACAAACCCCCAGUGA